GCCCCGUGCCUCGCGCCAGGGAGCGGAGGAGAGUAAAUACAACAGGAGCGCAAGAUGGCGGAACCGCCGAGCCCAGUGCACGGCGCCGCCGCCGCCUCUGCCUCCGUCGUUUCCGAGAAAGAACCAUUUGGCAAGCUUCAAUCUUCCUCUCGGGAUCCACCGGGUUCUCUGUCCGCAAAGAAGGUCCGGACUGAGGAGAAGAAGGCGCCGCGGAGAGUGAACGGAGAAGGGGGUAGCGGCGGGAACAGCAGGCAGCUGCAGCCGCCCGUGGCACCUUCGCCUCAGAGCUAUGGCAGCCCCGCGUCUUGGAGCUUCUCUGCUCUUUCUGCUACCCCAUCUCCGUCGUCUUCUCGGAGCUGUUUCUCUUUCUCCGCGGGUUCGGCGGUCCCCUCUUCAGCCUCCGCUUCCUUGUCUCAGCCGGUGCCGCGCAAACUGCUGGUCCCUCCUACGCUGCUGCACGCCCAGCCUCACCAUCUCCUGCUGCCGGCCGCCGCUUCCUCGGCUAACGCCAAGCCACGCAGACCUAAGGAAAAGCGGGAGAAGGAGAAGAGGAGGCACGGCCUUGGCGGGGCCGCCCGGGAGGAGAACGGGGAGGUGAAGCCGCUGCCGCGAGAUAAAAUCAGAGACAAAAUUAAAGAGAGAGACAAAGAAAAAGAGAGAGAAAAAAAGAAGCAUAAAGUAAUGAGUGAGAUCAAGAAAGAGAAUGGAGAAGUAAAGAUUUUACUGAAAAGUGGGAAGGAGAAACAAAAAACAAAUGUAGAAGACUUACAAAUUAAAAAGGUAAAGAAGAAAAAGAAAAAGAAACACAAAGAGAAUGAAAAACGGAAGCGUCCAAAAAUGUAUAGCAAAUCUAUUCAGACUAUUUGCUCAGGAUUGCUAUCUGAUGUUGAAGAUCAAGAAGCCAAAGGUAUCUUAAAUGAUAACUUAAAGGAUUACAUUGGAAAGAAUUUGGAUACCAAGAAUUAUGACUCCAAAAUUCCAGAGAACAGUGAGUUUCCAUUUGUCUCAUUAAAAGAGCCACGAGUUCAGAAUAUCCUCAAAAGAUUGGACACUUUGGAGUUCAAACAGCUCAUUCAUAUUGAGCACCAGCCUAAUGGAGGUGCAUCAGUUAUCCAUGCUUACAGCAAUGAACUCUCCCACCUGUCUCCUAUGGAGAUGGAAAGGUUUGCAGAAGAGUUUGUGGGUCUAGUGUUCAGUGAAAAUGAAAACUCUGCAGCUUUUUAUGUAAUGGGUAUUGUUCAUGGGGCAGCUACUUAUUUACCUGACUUUUUAGACUACUUUUCAUUUAAUUUUCCCAAUUCACCAGUGAAAAUGGAGAUAUUGGGAAAGAAAGAUAUAGAGACAACAACUAUGUCCAAUUUUCAUGCUCAGGUAAAAAGAACAUAUUCUCAUGGUACUUACAGAGCUGGCCCAAUGCGACAAAUAAGCUUGGUGGGAGCAGUUGAUGAAGAAGUGGGAGAUUACUUCCCUGAAUUUCUUGACAUGUUGGAAGACUCACCAUUUUUAAAAUGUACACUGCCAUGGGGGACAUUAUCUAGUCUAAAAUUAGAGAGUCGAAAAGACAGUGAUGAUGGUCCCAUUAUGUGGGUACGUCCAGGAGAACAAAUGAUCCCUGUGGCUGAUAUGCCAAAGUCACCUUUCAAAAGGAAAAGAACUACCAAUGAAAUAAAAAACCUUCAGUACCUACCUCGAACCAGUGAGCCUCGUGAGAUGCUCUUUGAAGACAGGACAAGGGCCCAUGCAGAUCAUAUAGGACAAGGUUUUGAACGACAGACAACAGCUGCUGUUGGAGUACUGAAGGCUGUGCACUGUGGAGAGUGGCCUGAUCAACCCCGAAUAACCAAAGAUGUAAUUUGUUUUCAUGCUGAAGAUUUCUUAGAAGUAGUUCAACGAAUGCAGUUAGAUUUACAUGAACCUCCACUGUCCCAGUGCGUCCAGUGGGUUGAUGAUGCAAAACUUAAUCAACUGAGGAGAGAAGGCAUUCGCUAUGCCAGGAUUCAGCUCUAUGAUAAUGACAUUUAUUUUAUUCCAAGGAAUGUCGUUCAUCAGUUCAAGACAGUUUCAGCAGUAUGCAGUUUAGCAUGGCAUGUUCGGCUCAAAUUAUAUCACUCAGAGGAGGACACAUCUCAGAAUACAGCUACUCAUGAAACAGCCACAUCACCAGAUUCCAUAUCAUCAGUUCUUGGACCUCACACGGACAACAUGAUUUGUGCUGUAAGCAAAACUUCCUUGGAUUCUGUUUUUUCAGAAAAACUUCAUUCUAAACAUGAAUUAUCGCAGUUCAAACACGAACCUGUUUCAUCUGUAAGAAUCAAAGAAGAACCUGUGAAUGUUAAUAUUUCUGAAAAGACUAAAGCACCGAAUAAUAUGGAUGGCAAGAAUGUUAAAGCAAAAUUGGAUCAUGUUCGGUUUACAGAAUUUAAGAUUGACAUGGAAUCUAAAUUUGAAAAUAGCAGCAAAGAAUUAAAGGAAGAACUGUGUCCUGGAAGUCUCAUAAGUCUAGUUGAUACAAGGCAACUUAGUUCAGCACACUCAAAUCAAGAUAGAAAAGAUGAUGACAUUUUGUGCUAAAUUUGUACAUAGCAUUUAAUUUUUUUUAAAAAAAUAAUAAUGUAAUAAAUAUUCAUGAAUUCUGAAAGCAAGCCAAGGACUUGCUCUCAAGUCUGUUACAAAAUAUAGUUUAUGUAGCUUUGUAACAUUCCUCAGUGCCUGUCCAUAACUGUGAAGUAUAAAGCACUUAGGGCCAGAUGCACUGUAAACAUUACAGGUUUAAACAUAAAGCAGUCUAUAAAAAAAUCCAUUUGAGUUGGAGUUGUAGAUUUUAGAAUGGAGCUGACAUUAAAAUAAAUAAAUAUGUAGAUAUGUAUAUAAACAUACAUAUAUAUCUGCAUAUUUAUUUAUUUAUUUAGUAAUAUGAGCCAGAAUUCUUUUUUGACAAUUUAAAGCUUUUCCAUACAGCUUAUUUAUACCAACUCCCCCCCCCCAUUUUGGGUGUGUCAGCACUGUAGUGUAAUUAGCUUUUUAAAAAUCUUUUUAGUGUGAUUUAUACUGAAAUGUGAGCCAAUUAAUAAAGGUUCAUAAUAAUAAAUGUUUUCUGUUGGGUCUGCGAAGACAAACUGAUAAUUCAGUUAAGUCAUUUGUUUAUAUAUUAUGUUCCUCUCUGCUGAUAUAACUAUUUAGAAUGGUAAAGGAGUACAAAUAUAUGUAUUCAAAUCUAGUAAAUAUUUAAACUCCCCACACUGUGCAAACAUUUCAAAAAACCAAGAUUCAGUUAUAAAAUCCUAUAUAUGUGUAUGUUAUAUAUGGGAAUGUAUAUAUGUAUAUCAUAUUUUGCACAAUUUCUUAAGUUGCUGAAUAAGAUGAAUAUGUGAAACUUCUUAUCCCUAUUUCCUGGAAUACAUUUUAAAAUAUUUAUAUUCAACAUUAAGAAAGCAAUUUUAAGUUAUAGAAACAAUUUAGAAAGUUAGGAGAAACAAUAUGUUAAUGAUGUCUAAUCCUUCUAACUAAUGAGAUAUGUGGCCAGAAUAUUUAGCCCUAACAUAAAUUUUCUUUGUGUACAGAAUAAGAAGUUUAGAAAAUUUUCUUAUUAGUAAGCACUUGUGCUAUAAUACUAAUGGUAACUAAGUAAAAAAUUUUUUACAGAAUAUUUAGUUGUGAAUAAUUAAAGUCCUUUUUUGCAUUUUUCUUGCAGAAUGGGAGAAAAAUAUGGCAAAAAUAAAAUCGUAAAAUAAGGGCAAUGACAAUGACUCAACUGCCAUAAAUAGAGAUCCAAUAACAAAAUACUGUGUUACCUCAUCUUUCUCAGGAUCCCCUCCCUUCCCUAGCAAGGCAAACAACCUGGUGUACUUCCUUUUCUGAAGAAGAUCUAGAAAGUAAAUUGUGGUAGGAAACAGGAUUGCCAGUGCCUAACUAAAGAUGAGUAAGACAAGUAUCUUUCAAGAUGGACUUUAGCACUAUUUCAGACUGCUUCCACUUUUGUAAUUAAAAGUCAAACAGAAGUCUUUCACGUGUUCAUUGUGUAAGGAACUCUGCUCAUUGCAUAUCUCUUAUGUUAUUCUGGGCCCAUUCUUUAUUGAUGACUUUCAGUUAGGAUUCUUUGUGCUGCCUUUUGGGAGAUGUUGCUAUUUUUACUUCAGUGGUUUCUGUCCUGGCCUCAUUUGUGGUACCCAUCAAAACUUCUCAUAUGUCUAGUUAGGGAGAAGCCAUAUAGAAAAAGGUAUUUCACUAGAACAAAUAAAGAUUAACUGCAACAAUGAUAUUAGUUCUGGCCUCCAAUUUAAUAAAAAGGUGGGCAAUAUCACAGGCAAUCUUGAUGACUUAUAGGAAAUCAGUGUUUGCAACUUGGGAAGUUUCAUGGGAUAGGAUGGUAUAAAUCAUGAUAAUGUAAAUAGAGGUUUGUUUUAUAUGUCACUGUCUCAUCUUCUCUACCUAUUUAAUCUGUUUUAAGCAAAAUUUAGGGAUUUGCAUCUACCUUUUUGGGAGACAAAAGUUCUUAACAAACUAGUAUUGAAAAAUAAGAAGGGAUAUGGUUAAACUGUUUUUUAAUUGAAGGGUGAUUUAUUUAACUAUGGUUUAUUUCCAGUUUUCUAGUAGCAUAUACCUAGAUAUACUGAGGUCAUACUGUAAGAAAAUAUCAUUGGGGUAUCUUCCCCAAAUAAAUGAGUCUUAAACUUUUAGAGGAAGACAUCCAAAAUAACUAUAGUUAUUGGUUUAUAUAUAUAGUUUCUUAAUGCAGCAUACAAACUCACCCAUAAUUUGAAAAUUGAGUUGCUAAUGCUUUUAUCUUUGUGGAAGUGAAGAAUAUGUAAAUAAGUGGGUUCAAGAUAUCAAAUGAUACAGCCUUGUUAUCACCUUGAAUAAUGCUUAUGUACCAUGACUUAUGAGUUAUAAUUUCAGUAUCCUUUUCAGAUGCAGUCUGGGAACUUUUUGACCACCUUUGUUCCAUACAAAUUUCUAUUUUAAUGUUGCAUUAUAUUAAUGGCUUUCUAGUUAGUACAUUCCAGGUCUUUAUGUGAAUAUAAGAUUUUUGCUUUUAUUUCCAACUUCUUGGACCAGAACAAUAAAGCUCUUAAGAUAUAGUUUCUAAAUGGUCAUAUGCUACAUAGAAUAAAUAAUUGUGUAAAUUAUCAAAUGGAUACACAGCCCUUUACAUAAAAACUUAAAUACCUCAGUGGUAUCUGCUAUAGUGCUCCCUCCCCCAAUUUUGUUUAUACCCUUUUAGGUAUCUAAAUAAUAUAUAUUCCACACUCAAAUUAGCUGGUUAGCUAGCAAAAGAAACAUUUGUAAUAUUUAGUUGCAAACUUUCCUAAAGCCAUAUAUUCAUUUUCUUCCUUGUCUCCAAGACUGUUGAUCUUAAAUAAAGAUUAGGUUGAUUUAGCUCAACACUUGUGAGCGCACGCGUGUAUGUGUGUUUCUCUGUUGGAAAUGUUUGUUUCCAUGAAAAGGGGCUGUCAUUGAGGUUAGGAAGGAUUUAUUUCUUAGGUUAAGUCUUAAGGUAUUUCAUUAGUGUUUCUAAGUGUAAAAUUGUCCCCCCCCCCCCCCCCCCCCCCCCGCAAAUACUUAGGGCAGAUGAGAUUUUGUAAGUUAUAAAUUAGCACUGUUUUGGUAAAUCUGCCUUCAGUCAUAUCUCAAAAUUCAUUUUACAUUUAGCAGCCAGGUGUGGUGGUGCACGCCAAUAAUCCCAGUGGCUCAGGAGGCUGAGGCAGGAGGAUCAUGUGUUCAAAGCCAGCCUCAGCAACUCAGCAGGGCCCCAAGCAACUCAGUGAGACCCUGUCUCUAAAAUACAAAAAAGGGCUGGGGAUGUGACUCAGUGGUUAAAAAUCCCCUGUAACUAACAAACAUAGAAACAUUUUACAUUUAGCAAAGGUGCAAAAUUUGUUUUUGGAGUUUGAGAGGAAUUUUUCUUGUCUUCCACCUUUAAAUAAAUAUUUGAUAACCAUCAUCUUUUUACCUUUGUUUUGUAAUUAUUAUAUUUUACAUUUUAUUCAAUUUUAACAUCUCAAGAAGUUCUCAUUUUUCUGUCUUCAACAGACCAUAAAAUCUUGAGAGUGAUUUCAAUCUCAGAACCCUUUCCCCUCCUUUAAUAGUCAAAAAUUGACUUAUGCCAAUAGGAAAAAGAAAGUUAAAGAUUAAGGUCUUUAGUUAGGUAUAAAUGGUUGGAAUGCCAUGGUAAAUACCCCUGCUGUUACCCCUACAGAGGGGCUAUUUCUGUCUCAGGAAGGAAGGACAAAAGUGCCAUUCUUUUAAAAAUACAUUUAGGCUGCUAAAAAAUGAUGUGAUCAAUUUUAGAUCUUUGGAAUAGUAAAAUAGUUUGUAUUUUCUCCCACCUGAAUUGCAACUGCUUUGAUAUGUAAACAGAAUUUUACUGGUUUUAGAAUGCAUUGCUUAUUUCAUGAAAAAGUCAUGUAAGUUAAGAGACUUACAUAUUUUCUCUACUGAGAGAACAAGGGAAGUAAGCAUCUUGCUUAUCAAGUUAUUUUCCCUGUUUCAGCUCUUCCUGGACUUCAUACCCAAUCAAGGAAUGUGAAUGUGCUAAGAACAUAAUAUGAGCAAAUAGAAUUUAUGUUAAUUAAAAUUAAAAGUAAAACAUAUUACUAAUGUUUCUUUACUGUGAUCUGCCUACCAAAAUUGCGGUGUUAAAAUAUUAAACUCUGGAUCCCUCUAUACAUUUUGAAACUUAGGAUUUAUGCAUCUAUGUUUUAAAAAUGUUAAAUCUACAGUCUAUAGUUCACUAGUAUUGUAUUAAGACUGUUAAGUGUGUAGACUCAGAAGCAAAUCACAAAUAUUUUUUGUAAUACAGUGUUGAAAAUUUAUUUGGACCAACAGUUUUAUCCCCAUGCCUUACAAAGGUCUUUUCUCUUGAAAUUUUUAUUUAACCAUAUUUUUACAUGAAACAUCUCAAGUCUCUGGUGCUGAAACAACAGCAACUUUUGUUUGAGUCUGGCUUUCUUAAUGCUCAUUUCCUAAGUUCUUAGAAAUCUCUGCUUUUACUUCCCCAUAUUCUCAUUCAUUCUUCAUCUCACUGCAAUUUCAUUUCAGCCCUCACAUUUAAUCACUCAGCUGAAAUGUUUUUUUUUCAAAGGUAAUUUAAGGCUGCCAAGUUCACUGGUAGCACUUCUUUUUAACCUUUGCAGCACUUGUCAUCAAGUCAUUUAUUCCUUAAAACUCUUUAUGAUACAUUCCUCCCUCCCCCCAGAUUCUAUCCCUGAAGUUAUCUUCAAGAUACCCAUGACUUUCAGUUAGCUCGGUUUGUCACUUAAGUUUUAACGAUCCAUAAUCAAAUAUAAAUUCUUGUCUUCUACCUUGCCAAGUAUUAGCUAGUGCUUUUCUAAUUUGGUUGUUGGCAUCACUUUCUCUCUACAUAAGUCAUCUCAUAGUAAUCUGAGUUUUCUUUUUCCCCUGUGUCAAAUUUAUCAUGAGAUUUUGAAUUUGAAUUUAUUUCAAAUUCAUCUCCUAUUGUUACAUUACAGUCAUAGUGGAUGCUCAUUUCACUUGGACUACUACAAAAGCUUAAAAUGUUCUAGGUUACCUGUCAUCAUCUGCUUUUCCUUUCAUACAAUCUUUCUAAGGUAUGUAUGUUACUUUUCUGUUUCCAUGAUGGCUUCUUUCUUAUAAAGGGCAAAUGCAUAGUAUAGUACUGAUAUGAUAUAAUCCUUCCUUUCUAGUCUCGUGUACCACAAUGUCUUAUAUUUGAUGUGCCCAGUUUUCAGCUUUACCAGAUUGACAGUAUAGUCAUCCCACAGUAUCUAUGAGGGAUAGUUCUGGUACUUCCUUUGGAUACUAAAACUUCUGGAUGCUUUCUUCUAUAAAGGUCAUAUUAUUUGUAUAAAAGGUAUAUACAUUUUCCUGUGUAAAUAGUUGUCACACUGUAUUGUUUAGGGAAUAAUGAUAAUAAGGAUGUACAUUUUCAGUACUUUUCCAAAUAUUUUCAGUUUGCAGUGGGUUCAGUCUGUGGAUGAGGAACCUGUGAUAUGGAGGGCUGACUCUACUUGCCGUUUCCUCCAUGUACUUUAAAAAUCCUUUGCCUUUGCUGGGGAAAUGUCAGGAAAACAACAUAGUGAAUUUUUUUUUUUUAAAUUCCACUUAAACAGCGUCUGUAUAUUGUUUUUAUUGCUUUUAUCCCAACUGUUAACUCCCGGUAGGUGAUAGAGAACCAUUUCUCUUGGCUUUUUGAUCCCCUUUGCACACACCAUUUAACAUGCAUACUGGGUACAAGUUGGACUUUGGCUAAAUCAUGAGCUAGACAUCAGGAAUUUUCUUUAUUUUUAUCUCUAAUAUCUGAUGUAUAUUAUACUUGAUAUUCUGUAAUGAUUUGAAGGAACAAAAGAACCUUAGAGAGUAUACAUUAUGUAGGUUUCUAGAAUUUCAAGUCAGUUCCUAACUUUAUAAUGUAAUUCUAGGAUUUUAAAGGAACACAAAAAUUAGAUAAGCAGGCUCUAGAAAGAAACCAAAUGUUUACUUUGUACCUCAGUCUUAUGGAAAAAUUUGAGAAGUUAGCUAUUAUAUGUUCAAGCUCAGUGGGCAGUUUGAAGAAAGGAGAUAUGUGUAGGAAAAUCAAACAUUGUGAAACUUAUCCUCAAAUUUUCCCUUCAAUUAGCUUUUCUGGAAAUCUAUUGAAAGUUAUCACACAUUAAAAAUAAAUCUUAAUGAUGCCUAAAAUGAUUAAAAUGGCAAAUGUCAUAUAAGUAGUACUUCACUAUCUCAGGGCUGAGGCAGAUUAUAAGUCUUAAUUGGUAAAAUAAAAUCUGUUUAUCAAAGGCAUUCUGUUUAAGCUGUGUGGUUCUCCUUACUGCUAUUAUAAAAAAAUUUUAAAAAUUGGAUAAGCAUAAAGGUAACCUACAUUACAAUAUUUAGCCUAUAUCCAUUGUGUUAUAGGAAUGGGACAAGGACAUAAUGGUGGCACAUUUUCAUAGAAAAUCCUGUAAAACCACUUCAUUGGGUUUCUAGGCUGAACUCAUUUAUAGCACUAUAGGUGUGGUUCAAUACAUGUUUAUUAGAAAGGAAUAAUGCACUUGUAUAACCUUGAGAAAAUUACUUCACUUAGUUUGUGUUCCUCAUCUCUAAAUGGGAAUAUAAUAUCUUUUCUAUUAACUAGUGAUGAAAAUUAAAUGACAAAACAUGCUAAAUAACAAAAAAACAAAUGUGCCCAAAACAGCAUAUUGCAUGACUGAUUAUAGACACUCUAUUAUAAUAUAAUGUUAACUUCUCUAUGUCUUCCUCUAAUUUUGAGCAGAGGAUAGGCAUAUGGGAAGAAAAAAAUUGCAUGAGUGGGUCAAAACAAGGUAUGUUGGAGGCAGGUUGACAUUAAAAAAUAACUUACUGGUCACUAUUUUGCUCAGGGUUGGCAAUUCAAAAUUAUGUCAUAGGGCUGUGGAUAUAACGUAGUUGGUUGCUUGCCUCACAUGUAUAAGGCCCUGGGUUCAAUCCCCAGCACCACAAAAACAAAACAAAAUCAUGUCACAGAUUACCUAUACUGAUAAUAGGUGAAACACAAGUUUAUGAUUGUAGUAUAUAGAUGAUAGUGGUAGUAAACUGCCUUAUGGUAUAGUAUAGUAUGAUUGACUAAGUGAAAUGAGUAAAACAUUAAAACAUGAGGAAGUUCCCUCAUAAAACUCUUAACCCUGUAUUAUCUUUACCUAGUAUUUGAUAAUGAGCGUCUUCUCUUGUUUUCUUCCUGCAAUAAAACACCUAUUUGUAGAAACAGACUUGGAGUUAAAACUCAUUCCUGGGCUUUACGUCUACAUUAUUUUAAUGAGUAGGUGUUUCCCAACCAACCCCCUAGUUAUAACAGUGUAACUUCUAUUCAUCUUAAAUAUUUAAGUCAUGAAGUGUAAGGACACCAAUGAUAAUUCAUGCUCAGGUGAUAUUUUCUCUGCAAACAUGAUCAGUCAACAUUAAAAGAAACUGACAUUUUUGACUUGCUUCUUAAUAGAUUGAUAAAAUAAUUUUUCUUUCAAUAAAGAGAAAAAGCUGCUUUUCUUGAUGACUCAGGUGCUUAGUGAUAAUGCCUGCCUGCCCUAGUAUGAAAUGUAAGAUUUCCUCUACUUUGGCUAUCACUUAUGUUCAUUCAUUAGUCAACAUCAAUCAAUUCCUUGUAUUGCUACACUGUGAAAAAGCACAGUGGAAAACAGAUCAAAUUUGUAAGCUUAAUAAUUUUUGCUGUAAUCCAAGGAUAGAUCUCUACUUCUUAAAGUUUUGUACAAGUGUGUUUCUUGAUGCCUGAAAAUUCUCCAUCGAUGGAUUUCAGUUCAUGUUUCAUACAGCUCCUGAGCCUGCUAUAUUGGGCCUUAUGUUCAUGAAAUGUUACUGAAUAAGUUGUGGAUUCUUUGAACAUAUCUUUUUUCAUAUUUUCAAGUCUUCUAAAAAGUUAUUUUGUUCAUAAGUUACUUUUACUCAGAAAUUAUAACAAGUCUUUUGCCCAAACCAGAGAAGUUGUAUGUCCAUAAGUUAUAUAUCCUUGCUAACCUGGAAAAAAUGGCCUCAGCAAGAGCCUUUAAGUUCUUUCAAGCAGAAUGUAUUUAUCUUAGAGAUGCCAUUAGCAAAUAACUGUAUCAUAAAGGAAGUAUCCUCUGAAACCUAAAAAGGCAUUUUUCUCUGCAAUAUUAUUAUCUCAUUUGUCACCUGUAUGCUUAAUUUCUAUCUUUAGUAUCUUUCAUCAACGUUUAAAUGUAUUGUUACUGAGGCACACACCAAUGAUAACUUAUUGUGCUUCUUCAAGUCAUUUAGUGUGGCAGUAUACCAAAUUAAAUAAGAGAAGGGUUCUAUUUUCGGGGAGCCCUUCGAUGCCAUUAAAAUUGAUUGAUCCUCAUGUG